AUGGCGGCGCUUGGAUGCUCCAGUGCUGAGCACCUGUACGAUGCUGGAGAGGAAGGAGAUGUCCCCAAUGGGCUGCAAGCGUGGGCAGGGAGUGAGGGCUGUGUGCCGCUGGGAAGGCGAGCUGCCAAGCAGGAGGAUGAGUUUAGUCUGGGACCUUUGAAACCAGAAAUUACCAUAACUUACAUUGCUGUUUCAGCUAUAUUCUUUAACAGUGGACUCUCCUUAAAAACUGAGGAGCUGACAAGUGCUUUGAUGCAUGUGAAACUACACCUUUUUGUCCAGAUUUUUACACUUGUGUUCUUCCCAACAGCAAUAUGGCUCUUUCUUCAGCUAUUAUCAAUCACACCUAUAAAUGAAUGGCUUUUAAAAGGCUUGCAGACAGUAGGCUGCAUGCCACCUCCUGUGUCUUCUGCAGUGAUUUUAACCAAAGCUGUUGGUGGAAAUGAGAAUAUGAUUGUUUCUACUCAGCUAUUUGGUAUUUAA